AUGCGAUGCGCGAGCAAGGCCGCCGAGAGCGCGUCUGCACGUCUCUGUGCGGACGCCGAAGCAGAAACUACAGCAACUGAUGUCCCAUCGGUUGCUGAAUCGACUCAGCCUGUAUCACCUGGUGAUGCAGGCGCUGGUCAUGAAGACACUCGUGUCUUCACAGAGUACGAGCUCGGUGUCUCGUACUCUCCUGAUACGGAUGACGGAUCCGUAUCGACGGCAAUUGAAUCCAAGCCGCCUGCCAAGCGUGGCAUGGACGAUGCUUUGCGUCGCAGCAUCUUUGGUUCAUCUGAUGAGUCAGAUGAACCAUCGCCGAAGCGAAGGCGCUCGAGGUCGCGAGACUCGGGCGCUAAUAGUGGUGUCGUUUCUCCAAUGGACACCACUUCACAGCGAGGUGCCAGUACUUCUGUCGGCACGUCGCAGGAAGAGCGGGACCGCAAUGUGUUGCGUCUCGCUCCAGAAAAGAAGGCAUGGAUGCCUCCAAAAUUCGUCAUGGAUCACUUGUCGGCGACGACGAGUGAUCGUUAUCGAACACGAUUGUUCGAUUCGUCAAGGAUCCAUCACCUUGACCCCAGCGCGAAGAACUAUCGCGCUGAACAUGAUUUCUUCAUCGAUGCUUUCUUUAGACAUCGAUGGUACAGUGGGAAUCACAAACGUGAUGGUCCCUCACUACUUAGGCGUGGAACGCCUACAUCCAUAAUCUCGAGGAUGUAG